AUGGUAUGCGUCGCGUGCCUGCUGCCGCUCUUCCUGAUCCCAGUGGUCAACGCCCUCCCUUACCUCAUCGACCUCAUCAUCAGCAAGGUGGAUCGGCUAUUUGGAUGGGAGUACCGGAGACCUGAAAGAGUCCUACCUGCUUGUCCUUACAAGCCUGUGGCUCAGAAGAACAAUGAGGUUUAUGCUAGUGAAAUUAGAAGAGAUAUGGAAGGAGGUUCAGUGCCCUAUCUGCUUAGGCAUUAUCCGGAAGACAAGGGCAAUUAUGGAAUGUUUGCACCGGUUAUAUAG